AUGGAAAAAAUGACUAAACAAGAAAUUGUAAAAUCAGCAAAGGCUGUUAAGCGAAAACUAAAAUUGAUGCGUGAUAUGACAAGUGAAAACCAAACAUUCCUAGAGUCAGUUCUUAAGCCAAUCACGCAGCCUCUCAAUGAAAUCGCAGAACGAAGCGGUAUAAACGAAAAAACGAAAAAUGAGUAUGAAAAGAGUCCUGAUUACCACAGUACACCAAAAAAACUGAAGUUGAAUUAUAGUGAUACUAAACCAAGUUCAUCUCAUGAUGAAACGGUUUUCGAACUAAAUCGUUCGAGCACAAAAUCUAAAGAACAUCGUUUAGAAGGAAAAGAUGUAAAAAAAAAUGAAUCAGAUUUUGAAGAAGAAAGUGAAUUAGAGGAAGAUUAUUCCAACAGCGACAGUGUUGCAACAGAUGAGGAGACUUUCGAGAGUGUUUCCAGUUUAGAUAGAAACUUUUCGUCUCCACUAUCAUUUUCUGCAAAGGCAUUUGAAGAUGUACCUUAUGGAGUCAGACUAGACAGAGGAAAACUUAUGAUGGGGUUGCAGAGGGUUUACGUGGCAGAUAAAACUAUUACUAUUAAUGGUCAUGCUUUUCAAAAAACUCAAGGGCUUGUUCAAUUGUUAUUUAAGAAAAUUCCGAAUUUAAAUUUAGUAACCGAAGACGAUAAAGAAAACUACAAAUUAAUGUUACAUCAGACUAAUGCACACCGCCGGGAUUUUGACUCCACAAAACCUAUCAAAAGUAAUAGAGGAAGCAAGUAUUUGCAAGUAAUCAAGCCGUUAUUUAAACAUACAAGAGUCAGCAACAGUACAGAUAAUCUUGCAGUUGGUGACGGCUUAAAUUUAUUAAAGAAAGUUCAGUCUAAUACCGAUUACGUUUACUGGGAUGAUCCAAACGAGCUAGUUGAUAGGCUAAAGUUACUAAUCGCUUCUCGCGACGCUGGUAACACUGGUCUUGAAAAUGAAAUAAUAUCGAUUGUUGAAGAAUUACGUGAAGCUGGCAUUAUUCAAUAA